AUGACUGAGCUUAGUGUCUCCCCCACUGAUACCGAUAAAUCUAUCGAAAUCAACGAUGCCCUUUUCUGCGAACACGGUCUUGAAGUCUGUACACAAUGUGCCUUUGACGCUAGAGAAGACAAUGAUGCUAUGAUGGGUUUCGACCCUAAACCAAGAAGCGCACUUGAACUCCCUGCUCAUUUCAAGAACCAGAAAGACGGUACAUUCAUGUGUAAAUCUCAUGGUAAUGCCAAUUGUAAAUCCUGCUUCGGUUGGAAAAAACAAAUUACCAAACUUCAUAAAGAUGGUAAAAAAGAAGCUUCUAAGAAGAAGGAAAAAUCAACUAAUCUCUAUUGA